AUGUCUGUGGAUUUAAUGAAUAUUGAUGGGAAUAUAAAACGGGUGCAGAAGGAAACUUUAACCCCAUACAAAGUAGCAACUGUCAUUUUAAUUAAAGAAUACUGUAAUGAAACAACAAAAGCAAUUGUUGAAAGACGUGACUUUUGUUUAGCUGCAUUAAAAUUAAUUCAAUCACCUGAUAUGGAGUUCAAUGCCCUUUUGAAUAUACUGUACUCUCCUGAAUAUAUUUUGCAUCGUUUUGCUCAUCAAUUAGAAGUACAACUAAAUGUGUUAAAAGGGAAAGGAGUUGAAGGAUUAUUAGAUUUAUUUGACAGUGUUGGACGUCUUAUGAAACCAACAAUAGAUCUUGCUUUACCCGCACUGAAUAAAAAUUCUGUUCUUGGAUUAUAUAUAAGAAGAGUUAUCAUUUUUUUCGAGAAGUUACCUUUUGAUCAAGUUGUAGCACUUUAUGAAGCUUUAAAAAAAUAUUUAGAAAGAAGAUCUAACGCUUCUGAAAGUUCUGGUAUUUGUAUGGGUUCAAAGGCAGAAGAUUCUUAUUCGAAUGAAAUUAAAACAACCUGGGGUGGAAGACAAGCUGAAUUACUUGUUGCACAGCAAGCACACGCAUUGCAGACAGACGAACACAAAGCAAUGCCUCCUGCAGAGCUCCAAGUUCUUGUAAGGGAACUUUUAAGCUGUAGUCCUUAUUAUGCAGAAGCUCAUUAUUUAAGUUACUUAAAUUGCUUAAGAGUUAACGAGUACUGUGGUGCUGUAGAUAGUCUAUAUCAUUGUUUUGAUAGAUUAGCUGCUAUGGAAAAUCGUUCUGCACCUGAAGAUAGGUCCCGUAUCUUUAGAUAUGCAGCUUUAAAUUUAGCAGUCCUACAUGCUCAAUUUAAUCAUAAAGAAGUAGCACAAGCUGCUUUAAAAGAAUCUAUCAUGAUGGCUCAAGAAGCUGGAGAUAAUGUCUGUUUGCAAUUAGCUCAUGCUUGGAUGUAUUAUUUAACUACUAGGCAAAAAGGGCCACUUAUAGAACGAUCUGUUGGUAAAGCGAGUAUGUUAGGAAUAACUCAUACAACUGGAUUAGGUCUUAUCGCGUAUGCUCAUAAUUCUGCUUUAGAAGCUAAGAAUCCAUCACAAGUGUUUGAGACUUUGACAAAAUCUGACGUUUUAAAUUGUCAACAUUCCAUGACAGAUUUAAUGUCAAUAACGUAUGCUGAGAAAUGUGCAUUAUGGGCGUAUUAUGGUAAAACCGAGAUGUCUUCGGUUUGCGGGCAAUUGUUACUUUUACAUAAUACAGGCGAUAAAAAGCAACAUAUGUUCAAUGGACCAUCUACUUGCCAGGCUGUUGUUAAUAUUGCAAAUAUUUUAGUAGAAUUUGGUGAAUAUUCCAUGGUUGAUAUUGUACUUGCUCAUGCCAAAGAUAGAUUUCCUAAUGAACCAUGUAAUAAGAUAUGGAUGUUAAGUGAGCAACUUUAUGUAUUUACACAAUUAACGAGACAAGAAAAGUGGAGCGAAGCCGAGGCAAUAGCGUUAAAUAUAUCAAGUUUAGAUUUAUUGGAAUGUAAAUUUAGGUUAGCAGAAGUUUAUUUAGGGAAAGGAGAUUAUCCCAAAGGUUUAGAAUGUAUCAACGGUAUUGAGAAAGAUGAACAAAUUACACCUCAAAAUAAAAUAAGAACUAUGAUUUUAUCGAGUCAAAUAAUGUGUGCAUCUGUUUCACCAGAGAAUAGAAUUGCGGGAUCCAAUUCUUUAGUGCUUCUAAAUACAGCCUUGGAAUUGGCUGUAAAAAAUCAUUUAUCUUACUACGAAGCUUUAAUUAAAAUGCAUCUUGCAAAUAUUCAGUUAAUAAUGAAUAUGCCGACUUUAGCAGUAAACUUAGUGGAAGAAGUAAUAAUACAAAUUUUAGCUCACGGAGGCUAUUAUGAUCAGGGUAGAGCAUUUGUUUUGUACGCGAAAUGUUUGGUUGCUACCGCUCCAGCAAACGAUAAAGCACGAAAAGAAGUUAUUUUAAAAGCUAUUAAAACACUUUCGAAAGCAAAAGAUUAUUUUAUGAAAGUCGAAGCGUAUGGAAGACUUCGUACGACAUUGUGCCUAGAAUCUUUAUUAUGCCAUGAGAUUGACCUUAAAACUGAACGAAAUCAAUGUGCUUUCGAAUUUCGUCAACUAGAUCAACAACUUCUCACAAAGCUGGACAACUUGUCUUUAUAUUGAAAGCAUAAGAAAAGAAUAAAAGACACAUGAAAUUUAAAUACCUCUUUUGUAUUGAUAAAUAAAGUAAUUAAACAGA